AUGGCGAAAGCCGACCACCAGAAUCCCUUGGCUGCGACCACGGCCGUGGAGUUUGAACACGAACUUGAAGUCAUUACAUGGGUAUUAUUCUCAAUUCUGGUCGUUUGCAUACUCUCAAACCUGAUCUAUCUUUUGUUGUCACACGACUGGGUUUGGUCAUUGGCUCGCGAGGAUCUCAACGAUUACUACUACGAAUACUCUACGUCUUUGGAAGACGGCGAUGUUUGCUGUAUCUGCCAGGAGGACUUCAACGACGCCUCCAACGACUUGAAGGAGCUUUGUGCUCCUAUCCUGCUCAACCCUUGCAAUCAUGGUGUUGGUGACAGGUGCUUCUCACGCUGGAUUACGAGUUCCGACAAUACCCGUUUCGCAGGCAAAAUGUUUGCACUUUCGGACGACACGAUCUUAGGCAACCUCCAAGUCGCCUCAGACCUGUUCAGCUCACUGUAUAUGAACACGUUCGGCUUCGAGGGCAGUGCCUACAGCACACUACAGUCGCCGACGGAAAGGGAUGCAGAACGGUUUGGCGAGAAACCCUUUCUCGUCUUCACCUCAUGGCUCUUGACUUUCCGGCUCAAUGAACGCAAGCGGAAGGGCCAGGCUCAUUUUGGACAUUCAUUGUCACGUACAGUCACCCGAGACUCGGGAGGCCCUUAA